AUGGCUGCUGCAAACCUUCCGCAAGACAUCUUGUACGCAGUAUUCAAGGCCCUCGCCGACCUCGACCCAGUCGGUUCGGCAUCGCCAUAUGGCUGGAUCCGCCAAACUACGCAUGUAUGCAGGGCAUGGCGAACUGCUGCACUCGAACAAGCCGAACUAUGGGCAGAGAUUGUCUGUGCUUUCGAGUCACCUUCUGUGACCGAUCUUCUACUUGAACGCGCCCGUACAGCUCCCUUGGUCUUUCAAACAACGCUUGCUUCUCAAUAUGGUACUCUAACUCAACAUCAGCUCAAUCUCGCGGUUCAGAACAUUGAAAUUGUACGCGUUCUCGCACAUUCCGCUGCAUAUCCGCCGCUGUCUGCGGUCUUCGACGGGAGAACUCUACCACGUCUGGAAGACCUCAGCGUCGCUCAGAUUCAACCAGAAUCUACACCCAGCCUACCGAUCCUCCAUACACUAUCGCUUCACUUCUGCUGCUUCCCCGUACGUGCGCCACAGUUGCGUUUUCUGAGCCUCCAGCUAGGUGAGCCGAGGAUCGGGCGAGCUGCGCUUACAAUGCUGGGCAUACUCUCUCAAGCGCCGCUGCUCGAGGAGCUUUACAUCGCAGAUAUGCCGCAUACAUCUCGCGCGGAGCUGGCUCCUCACCCCGAGGUCCAUCUGGAGCAUCUGCAGGUCCUCCAUAUCUCGAGCGCGUUCUUCGACGACGCCUUUUGGCGCAAGCUGGUCUUACCUGAGAAACUAGACGUCGAUCUGAAUGUCUACAACGAAUACCAUGAGCCCUAUGAAAGGGACGUCGAUCCUUCAGAGAUCUUCGCUGCAGCGUCGCGUCAGCUGUCAGUCGAAGGCCUUGACAGUCUGAGCAUCGUAGAGGACCGCCGGCGAGAAGACGGCGAUGGCGUGCACCUCAUCGUGAAACUGUGGUCUUCCAGUUCGGAUCUCUCUCAGUCUGCACCUGCAUUCCAUCUUGACGCCAAAGUGCGGCUAUAUGCAGAGGAUGACCCCGAUCUCGAACGCGACCUAGAAGCGUUGCUCGUCCAUCUCAACAGCGAGCGUAUCAGUCACAUCGAUAUCGGGGGGCUACCCAAUUUCUACGAAGAAGUGCCGAUGCGUCGCAUCUUGGCCCCGCUCAGCGGCGUGCAGGCUGCCAUAUUGAACUACGACGCCGAGCAUCUCGAGCUCCUCUUGCCGCGCAUCGACGAAGAGGGAGAUGGAGAGGAAGCAGGCGCGGGCGGCAUAUUCCCCGCGCUGCGCCAUCUCACGAUAGUCGAUUUCCCCUACACGGAGAAGGAUCCUGGUAGGAUGGCGAGAGAUUGGGCGCCCAUUCUCUCGCUCUUGCAGACACGACACCAAAGCGAAUGUUCAAUCCGCACAUUCACUCUGAAUCGGAGAGAUACGGGAUACGCCGACCCGCAAGCGGGCUAUACUGCUUGGAGCAAGAUCGAGCAGAGAUAUGCGCCUUGGAUAGAGCGGGCGCGGGCAUACACUGAAGUCGUCAUCAAGAGCUCGGGCGCUGCGGGAGACGACGAUAACGAUGAAGAGACGGAGUACGACUGGCAUAUCGCUGGACCCGCGUACCGGCCAGUACCAGCACCGGAUGUUGGUCUUGGUCCCCAUCUAUCCCUAGAAGACAGCGACAGUGACAGCGAAUGGGUCGAAGAUGAGUGA